UAAGGGGUGAUGGAAUUUUACUACCGAGUUAUUUAAAGUGUAUGCAAAGGCAACCUAUUGUGUAUUGCUUUAUCAACCUUUAUAAGUUGAUAUUGUGUCACACAAAUCGUGUGACACAAUGUGAUAAAGUGGUUAUCUUGACGUCAAACCCAAGUCAAUCCGCAGUAGCUAUCAACUCCUGUGUAAACCCACUGAAAAAGCUACGUGAAAUUUCUUUAUUCCCAUAUAAGUAUGGGGAAUUUACUGCCUACCGCCAAACAAUCGGUACUAGAACCUAUAGAUUCUAGUAAAAAAAUAGUUGAUAUAAUCGCUGCUGAACUUCAAAAGGAUCCCAUUGUUUUGGCUAAUUGGGGAAAAUUAGCACACUCGCUCGAAUUAUCUUCUUCCGCCAUUGAAAACUUAAGGCAGGAAUAUAGUCAAACCAAUAAUUCAGGGCGUUUGAUCAGACGUAUGGUUGAGGAGUGGCAUUCUUUAAAUCAGAAUCCGUCAGUCGAAAAUUUUUGUUGUGUUUUGAAAAACGAAAAUUUCAAAUAUGUCGCUGAAAAGAUUGAAGUACGUAAAAAUCCGAUAGAUGGCGAACGCAUUCAGCACUCACUUGGGGAAGCAAUUCGAUUUCAUGGAAGAAAAAAUGAACUACAAGAAAUUAGGAAAUUCUACUCUUCUAAUCGCUCCCCUGUUUACAUCCAUGGUCCACCAGGCUUUGGUAAAACGGAACUGGCAUUUUGCUUUUGUCGAAACAUUUUAGAAUCCCGCGAUACCAUGGAUAGGAACGCUAACAUUAUUGUGCUGCAGGGAGAAUCUGAAGAGAAAUUAUUUUCAAGCAUUACAAAAUUGUGGAAAGAAGUAAGGAAAGAAAAAGUCCCUGCUCCGUCUUUUCACAUAGAUCAAAUAAAUUGCUUAUCAAAUCUUAGUGGUAAGACUAUUGUUGUAGUAGACAAUGUAGAUGACCAGUAUGUCGGCUAUACUGAGGUAAUUUCCAGAUUAAAAAAAGAGGGAUGCUUUGUUCUAGUGACAACUAGAAACAUCAAUUGUGUCGAUUCCGGAUCAGACGCUAGUUAUCCGAGCAUAGAUUUGGAAGAAUUUAGCAGAGAAACUGCAAUUGAAUUUGUAAAUUAUCGCUUAAGCGGAGAAAAUCAGAAAGAUGUUGUGAAGCUAUGUGUCGAGCUGGGUGACUGGCCGCUGGCUUUAGUUAAAGCCGUUGCAUUUAUUAGACAUCAAAAAAGAGCAGAAUUCUACGGAAAAUCAUACAAUGCUAGACAAUAUUGCCUAGAACUGGCUAAGUCCCCCGUAGCUAUUUUAUUGUCAAGCAAUUCUAAUGAGGCUACUCUGGGAAAGACUUUGGGGUUGUGCAUUGAACGCUUAGACAGAGAUCAGGUCGAUGGUUCAGUCGCUGUUAGGUUAUUAAAGGUCCUGGCAUACGUUGAUGGGGACGGCAUAUCUUUAGAUUCAUUGCGAAAAAUAUAUCAGACAGCCUUUGCAGGAACUUCUACCCAGGACAUAAAUAAUGCUUGUAAGCUUCUUUUGCGCUACAGUCUUAUUAAGUCGGACAACGAAAUAAUAACUGUACACAGAAUGACACAGAAGGUCCUACGUCUUUUUGAAACGUUUGAAAUCCCCGAAGGUCUGAAAAUUCCUGCAACCCUUGAAAUACUUAUUGACCACUUGGUCAAUCACAUGGCUAAUUUUGCAGCCAAAGAUAAAUUUACUAUUGUGCAAAUUUGGAAGCAUAUUUUAGACAUUGGGGAUGAAGCUAUUUUGAAAAAAUAUAUUUCAGUCCCUAGCUUUAUUUCAGGGCAACUAUUGGAACUUUCUUUCUUCUCUUUAACUGCGCAAUUUUGUUUAGAAAAUAUCAGGGUUUUAGAAAAAAACUUUAACAACGGAAAAGAAAUGUUUAACAUUAGGUACAAUUAUUCGAGAUCGCUAUCAUUCCAAGGUGAUUUAGUUAACAGUUACAACAAUUUAUCAAACCUCCUCAAGAAUAUCGAAAAAUGUCUAGGUAGUGCACUCUCCGAAAAAUGUUUACCGGAAUCAUUACCCCGUGUAGUCUAUAUAUGACUCUACUGCUGUGGUAAUGGGUUAGUUACCGCGCGGUAUUUAACAGAAAGAUUACCAUCCCGGCAUUAACGUAUUACUCCACAAUAAUAUCAUAAAUAUCAUGCAAUAUGAACCUGCAACUGCACGCAGUAAUGAAGUAAUAUUAGCCAGUAAUGAUAUUAUGAUAAAUGUAUAAAGAUGCUUAUUACUGGGUGGUAAAUAAUCAACACCGCACCAUAAUCAUAUUAUUAUCGUUUGCUUAUCGAUAUUUAUUAUUAUGGUAAUAAAUGUUUCACUAUUUCGGUAA